AUGGCACAAUCAAAUACGUCAACCAACUGCUUCAGAGAUCUCAUUACUUUGAAAAAUCUUGGUGGAGAUUUGAGUCUUUUCUACACGAUGGGUGCUUUCAAUUGUCUUCUUCUCUGUAUUAAUAUUUCUAUUCUUUAUGCAGUUCUCGGUUAUAUGAAGCCAACGAUUGCUGAACUUCGAAAGCAGACAUAUAUCAUCAUGGAUAAUAUUCUUCUCUCCUACAUUCCUGCUGGAAUCCGUGAGACGAUUGGUUGUCAACCAGAAAUCAAAAUGGGCGGAGGCGGUGGAAAAGCUGGAGGAAAACCCGGAGGGAAAGGGCAUAAAGCAUCAAAAGGAGCCACUAAAACCAUGACAAAAACUUCGACAGGAACUACAAAAACUGGUGGAACUACGGGAGCAACUGCAGCAGCUAGUGAAUAG